AAAGAAUCCAAGUGAGAACCUUGCCUCCUCGGUCACCGUUGCCCCCUAGGAAUCCCAGCCGCUUCUCAGUCCUGCUUCCCCGCGGGGCCGGACGCAGUGCCCAAGCCGCCCUGCGGAUGGGGCGGGCGGGGAACAAGCACCCAAGCCGCGGGUGACCAGCGCCGCCCGCCCCGCUCAGCGCAGGGACCGGGCGGGCAGAGGAUGCGAGGCGGAGGGACUUGGGAGCAGGUCCCGAGACUGCCUAGGGCGCGCUAGGUUCCAACUUGGAUGGCCCGGAGUCCGCUUCAGCUCCUGGGACAGCUUCGCCACGCGGAGUGAGCUGCCAGCGGAACCUGGGGGUGGGGACCUUAGGCGGAGGCUGCCCGGGGGAGAGCCGGGGUCAGGAGGGGGCGCGCUUUCUCCCUGCGGGUCUCAGUAAUGAGGAGAUUGAGUUUGUGGUGGCUGCUGAGCAGGGUCUGUCUGCUGCUGCCGCCGCCCUGCGCACUGGUGCUGGCCGGGGUGCCCGGCUCCUCCUCGCACCCGCAACCCUGCCAGAUCCUCAAGCGCAUCGGACACGCGGUGAGGGUGGGCGCGGUGCACUUGCAGCCCUGGACCACGGCCCCCCGCACGGCCAGCCGCGCCCCGGACGGCAGCCGGACAGGCGCCCAGCGAGAUGAACCUGAGCCAGGUACUUGGCGGCCCCCGGCGCCCUCGCCGGGCGCACGCUGGUUGGGGAGCGCCCUGUAUGGCCGGGGGCCGCCGAGCGCACGGAAGCCCGGGGAGGGCGACCGGGCCGAGACCCUGUGGCCUCGGGAUGCCCUCCUCUUCGCCGUGGACAACCUGAACCGAGUGGAAGGGCUGCUGCCCUACAACCUGUCUUUGGAAGUCGUGAUGGCCAUCGAGGCGGGCCUGGGCGAUCUGCCGCUCUUGCCCUUCUCCUCCCCUAGCUCGCCGUGGAGCAGUGACCCUUUCUCCUUUCUGCAGAGCGUGUGUCACACCGUGGUGGUGCAAGGGGUAUCGGCGCUGCUCGCCUUCCCCCAGGGCCUGGGCGAGAUGAUGGAGCUCGACUUGGUCAGCUCCGUCCUGCACAUUCCAGUUAUCAGCAUCGUGCGCCACGAGUUUCCGCGGGAGAGUCAGAAUCCCCUUCACCUCCAACUGAGUUUAGAAAAUUCAUUAAGUUCUGAUGCUGAUGUCACUGUCUCAAUCCUGACCAUGAACAACUGGUACAAUUUUAGCUUGUUGCUGUGCCAGGAAGACUGGAACAUCACUGACUUCCUCGUCCUUACCCAGAAUAAUUCCAAGUUCCACCUGGGCUCUAUCAUCAACAUCACCAUCAACCUCUCCUCCACUGAGGACCUCUUGAGCUUCCUGCAGGUCCAGCUUGAGAGCGUUAAGAACAGUACGCCCACAAUGGUGAUGUUUGGCUGCGACAUGGAAAGUAUCCGGCGGAUUUUCGAAAUUACCACCCAGUUUGGGGUAGCAGCCCCUGAGCUUCAUUGGGUGCUGGGGGAUUCCCAGAAUGUUGAGCAACUGAGGACAGAAGGUCUGCCCUUAGGGCUCAUUGCUCAUGGAAAAACAACACAGUCUGUCUUUGAGUACUAUGUACAAGAUGCCAUGGAACUGGUUGCAAGAGCUGUAGCCACAGCCACCAUGAUCCAGCCAGAACUUGCUCUCAUUCCCAGCACGAUGAACUGCAUGGAUGUGGAAACUGCAAAUCUCACUUCAGGACAAUAUUUAUCAAGGUUUCUAGCCAACACCACUUUCAGAGGCCUCAGUGGUUCCAUCAAAGUAAAAGGUUCCACUAUCAUCAGCUCAGAAAACAACUUUUUCAUCUGGAAUCUGCAACAUGACCCCCUGGGAAAGCCAAUGUGGACACGCUUGGGCAGCUGGCAGCAGGGGAAGAUUAUCAUGGACUAUGGAAUAUGGCCAGAGCAAGCCCAGAGGCACAAAACCCACUUCCAACACCCAAGUAAGCUACACUUGCGAGUAGUUACUUUGAUCGAACAUCCAUUUGUCUUCACACGGGAGGUAGAUGAUGAAGGCUUGUGCCCUGCUGGCCAACUCUGUCUAGACCCCAUGACUAAUGAUUCUUCCAUACUGGACAGCCUUUUUAGCAGCCUUCAUAGCAGUAAUGAUACAGUGCCCAUCAAAUUCAAGAAGUGCUGCUAUGGAUAUUGCAUUGAUCUGCUGGAAAAGCUAGCAGAAGACAUGAACUUUGACUUUGAUCUCUAUAUUGUUGGGGAUGGCAAAUAUGGAGCCUGGAAAAAUGGGCACUGGACUGGGCUGGUGGGUGAACUCCUCAGUGGGUCAGCCCACAUGGCAGUCACUUCCUUCAGCAUCAAUACUGCACGAAGCCAGGUGAUAGAUUUCACCAGUCCUUUCUUCUCCACCAGCUUGGGCAUCUUAGUGAGGACCCGAGACACAGCAGCUCCCAUUGGAGCCUUCAUGUGGCCACUCCAUUGGACAAUGUGGCUGGGGAUUUUUGUGGCUCUGCACAUCACUGCCAUCUUCCUCACUCUCUAUGAAUGGAAGAGCCCCUUUGGUAUGACUCCCAAGGGGCGGAACAGAAGUAAAGUUUUCUCCUUCUCUUCAGCCUUGAAUGUCUGUUAUGCCCUCUUGUUUGGUAGAACAGCAGCCAUCAAACCCCCAAAAUGCUGGACUGGAAGGUUUCUGAUGAACCUUUGGGCCAUUUUCUGUAUGUUUUGCCUUUCUACAUACACGGCGAAUUUGGCUGCUGUCAUGGUAGGUGAGAAGAUCUAUGAAGAGCUUUCUGGAAUACAUGACCCUAAGCUACAUCAUCCCUCUCAAGGUUUCCGCUUUGGAACUGUCCGGGAAAGCAGUGCUGAAGAUUAUGUGAGGCAAAGCUUCCCAGAGAUGCAUGAGUAUAUGAGAAGAUACAAUGUACCAGCCACACCCGAUGGAGUGGAGUAUCUGAAGAAUGAUCCAGAGAAACUAGAUGCCUUCAUCAUGGACAAAGCCCUUCUGGAUUAUGAAGUGUCAGUAGAUGCUGACUGCAAACUUCUAACUGUGGGGAAGCCAUUUGCCAUGGAAGGAUACGGCAUUGGUCUCCCUCCCAACUCUCCUUUGACCUCCAAUAUAUCCGAGCUAAUCAGUCAAUACAAGUCACAUGGGUUUAUGGAUGUGCUACAUGACAAGUGGUACAAGGUGGUUCCCUGUGGCAAGAGAAGUUUCGCUGUCACUGAGACUUUGCAAAUGGGCAUCAAACACUUCUCUGGACUCUUCGUGCUGCUGUGCAUUGGAUUUGGUCUCUCCAUCUUGACCACCAUUGGUGAGCACAUAGUGUACAGGCUGCUGCUCCCACGCAUCAAGAACAAAUCUAGGCUGCAAUACUGGCUCCACACCAGUCAGAGAUUACAUAGAGCAUUAAACACAUCAUUCGUGGAGGAAAAGCGGCAGCGUUUCAAGACUAAGCGUGUGGAAAAGAGGUCCAAUGUGGGACCCUGUCAGCUCACUGUGUGGAAUACGUCCAAUCUGAGUCAUGACAAUCGACGAAAAUACAUCUUCAGUGAUGAGGGGGGACAAAACCAGCUGAGCCUCCGGACCCACCAAGACAUCCCUCUCCCACCAAGAAGAAGAGAGCUUCCUGCCUCGCUGACCACCAAUGGGAAAGCAGACUCCCUAAAUGGGGCUCGGAACUCAGUGAUGCAGGAGCUCUCAGAGCUGGAGAAGCAGAUUCAGGUGAUCCAGCAAGAGCUGCAGCUGGCUGUGAGCAGGAAAACGGAGCUGGAAGAGUACCAAAGGACAAAUCGGACUUGUGAGCCCUAAGUGGCCACGCUGCUCUCUUUUCUCAGUUCCUGGCCUUCUUCUGAGCCCUUAAGACACUUUGUAAUGCUCUUUUGUAACUACUGACCAAGGUGGGGGGAAGCUGAGGUCUGGGUCUUCUUAGAGGUCAAGUCUGCUCUCCCUAGCCUGCAAAGCAGCAGCCAGCCUUCUCAAGCUCAUUCCUAGGUCUCCAGGGUAGGAGUCUUCCUCAGAGCAGGAAUCUUACAUUAGUCAGAAGUAAACACCGUGUGAGGGAUCUGUGAACAACCAGACAUCCCCAGCUCCUGUUAAUCUUUUCACCUGGUGCCACAGUAACAUUUCUGGUUUUUAGCCCUUUCUCUGCACUAUCAACAAGAGAUAAAAUUGUUACUCA